AGUAAAGUAGAGUGGCUGCACACGCACAUGCGCGAGCACGAGGGCCUCGCGUGGACGACGGUAUAAAGCAGAGGCGCCAGGUUGAGACAAAAGUCUACGUCAGGAGGACCCGGUGUGUGAGGAGAGCGAGGACACAUAUCAGAAAUGUACAGAGUCAAUAAAACCAGCAUGACCAUACCCAUGUCCUUCCCCAGCAUGGGUACAGCCCCUUUCUUUAAGGUGACUGUGUUUGAGCAGGAGCAUUUCCAGGGCAAGAAUAUGGAAUUCACGUCCGAGUGCGGCAACAUCAACGACUGCGGCCUGGACAACAUCCGUUCCAUCCGAGUCGAGAGUGGAGCCUGGGUGGGCUUCGAGCACCACAGCUUCCAGGGCCAGCAGUUUAUCCUGGAGAGAGGCGAGUACCCCAGCUGGGACGCCUUCAGCGGCUCCCUCUCCUAUCACACAGAGCGCCUCAUCUCCCUUCGCCCCAUCUACUGUGCCUCGCACCAGAGCAGCCGCAUGAAGAUCUUUGAGAGGGAGAACUUCCAGGGCCGCAGCACUGAGCUGGGCGACGACUACCCCUCCCUGCAGGCCAUGGGCUGGCUCAUGCCUGAGGUGGGCUCCAUGCAUGUGCAGUGUGGAGCCUUUGUGUGCUAUGAGUACCCGGGCUACAGAGGCCAGCAGUACAUCAUGGAGUGUGAGAAACACAGUGGAGACUACCAGCACUGGAGGAACUGGGGCUCCCACUGCCAGACUCCCAAGAUCCAGUCCAUCAGACGCAUCAGGCACUGAGAGGGAAACACAUCUGCACCGGCCGCAGCAGCAGCAGAAGCAGCAGCAGCAGCAGCAGCAGAGUCUGGGCUCAGGCUAACACCUGGGCCCCUGCUUUGGAUAUGAGUCCAAAAGGCAACUGAGCUUAGGGCUUCUUUAAGACAAUGCACACCAUCGGUGACGUAGCAGCUACCUCUUUAUUCUUGCUUAGAUUCCUAUUUCUUCUAAUACUCAUCUUGUUUUAGUGAAAUAAAGUUCAGAUUCAGAGCAUGAGAAGUCCUGUAAUUCCUGUGUGCAUGCAAAUACUCAGAGAUGAUCAACAGAGCUGUUGAGAAUUAGUCUGGAAACUAUUAUAUUUACACUGUAUGAGAACACGUCAUGUGUGUGCAAAUGUAGCGUUUUAUGUGCUUUUUGAGGCACAGUGCUUGAGUGUUUCCCUCUUGGCAAAAUUUCCUUUUUUAACUUCUUGAUCAUUGAUGAAGUAUCUCAGAAUUCAUGCAGUAAGUUAAACCAGCAUAGUGAUGUAAUAAUACUAAAUUGUAAAACACUUAGAGACCAAGAUAAUGCAUUUUAGCCUUAUAUUAAAAAUGAAUGCAUCAGUACCUUAACAGAAGAAAGUGGUGCAGGUUAUGUAAUUAUACUUCUAAUGUUCUUUGCACCUUUAUACUGUUCAUUAC